GUGGAACAUGUCCAAUAGACUACUAAUUAAUUUAAACAUAGUGAGACACAGACCAUUAGACAAUAUCCCAGAAUGUCCCUAUCUGAUCCAUUCAAAUCAGACGUUGUCUGAUCACAUCACUGCUCCAUAA